AUGAAAACAGGCAACAAAGAUGUACCUGGGAAAGCCGAUAUUGUAUUUGGAAUACGAAAGAGCAAGGAGUUGAUGGAAAAGUUCCCUCGGACGACGGAGUAUUUCAAUCAGAGUUUCGAGAGUUACAGGACUGCCAUACCGAAGGAGAGGGUCAUCGUGUCGGAAGCCUUUGUAGCACAGGCAAAGAACUGGAAACCUCCAGCAAGAUUCUUUCAAUAUAAUCAAGAUACUGGGUUUCAUCCAAUAGAUGAAAAGCAAGCAAAGGACAAGACACAUGAGGGUUUGAGGGGAAUGAAGAGAGCUCACGAUCGCCGUGAGUCUACGAAAGCACUCUCUGAUCGUCCUCAGCCUGCGAAAGCCAAUCAUCCUAAGCCUGCAAAAGUAAUCCCCAAACUUGUCUCUGAUCCAAAAAAUUAUGUCGUAUUUGCGAUUGGCAAUAACCCAAAGAUGCUAGAAAAAUACCCUCGAACGAAUAGAUUUAGGGAGCUAGUGCACAGAAACUUUGAGGCUCAUUUAAAUGGAACUGCGGAGCGAAGGGUAGCGAUUCAGGAAAAUGUGUUAGAACAAGUUUACAACUGGGACCCUCCAGGAGAAUUUUGGAAGAUGCAUAGAGGUCAUGGAAAGAUAUCUCCAGUGGAUGAGAAACAUGCAAGGAGAGAAACACAAAAGGUAUUUGCAUCAUUGAGGCAGGAACAUCGCAAGCGGGAAUCCAAAAAAUUGGAGGGAAAUGUCGAAGGCUCGGAGGAAGACGAUGAGAUCUCCAUCGCACCCACUACGACGUCAGAUAUACAAGAAAGCAAUAAUGGUGACGACGUAGGUGCACGUACCAACAGCUCCAGGUCGGGGCAAUCAGAUGAAGGGACGCCUGAUUAUAAUCAUGCUAAAGCGGUCGAUAAACCUUCCAACAGUCGCUCUGAAACAGAGACUACAAGAACCCAGCCAUCACAGAAUUCUGAGACUCCUCAUAGCAAGAAACGACUAUUCAUUGAAACUGCAAGCGAUAUUGAUUUGCUGGAAACCGAGAUGAAAAACUGGGAUCCAUCGAGUAUCCGUUACAAAUUACGUAAGAGGUUUCUCGCUCGCACAAUAGUUGUCAAGCUUUGA